CACCAUUGUCCCGCAUCGCAAUGGCACUGCUAGCUCAAACACUCCGAAGGUCUCUCCUAGAGAUGCGAUGUUCACUCCCGCCGACAUUUCUACUGCCCUUCCGCGCAAAUAUCACCGUAUCGCACACUCUCGAAACGGUCAACACACCAGAACAACCCACCUCUCAAGACCCCGCACAGAAUAUACAAGACUCCGCAGGCGAUGCAAAAAAGCUCCUUCAGUCUGCAUCAAGUUCAAAACCAACUCCUCAUGCAAGAGAAGACAAAGUUCAAACUCUUGUAACUCCUUCAAUACGCCAACUCCUUCCGCUCCUCUACUCUCAACCAUCGCACUAUCUUACAAUACAUAUUCACGGCCGUCCAUAUCUACUUACACAAGGCGAUACCGUACGUCUCCCAUUCCUGAUGCCGAAAGUACAACCAGGGGAUCUCCUCCGUCUUAAUCGCGCAACCCAUAUUGGGUCGCGAGACUAUACGCUUAAGGCACCGGAGCCAGUGAAGGGCACAAGGGAUAUGCCCAAGAAGAUACAUUUUCUAGAUGAGAGGUUGUUCGUUUGCCGAGCGCGGGUGGUGGGGAUAGAAAGCGAACCGAUGCGGUUGAUGGAGAAGACGAAGAGGAGACAGAGACAUAUCAAAACAGUGAAGAGCAAGCACCGGUAUACGGUGUUGAAGAUAAGCGAUAUACGAGUCAGGAGUUUAGAGGAGUAUGAGAACUUGGUUGCCGGGCACCCUAUGGAGGAGGAAGUUGAUUAAGGCUCUUGACCCAGGAUGGGAUUGACUCUAGGGGUCUGUAUUAUAUGUGUAAGGGUCAUGGGAUGGCGAAAGCAUAGCAUGUUAUACAUUUGAAUGCUGAGUAAUUGGAAUGCACGCUCUUCUGUACCACUGAGAGGCCAACAUUCUGUUGUGUUUAAGAUAUUUGGAUGAUCCCCCUUCUAUACUGCAAGUA